AUGAGGCUUUCUUUGGUUUCAUUGGCUCUGCUAGGGCUGGCCGCAAACCAUGCUUUAGCUUUUCCCGCCUCACUCGGUGACGUCAAACGUAAUACUGACCACGCGCCAUACUUUGAUACUGACAAGAGCGCGCUCGAUCCGGACCUAACGCUCGGACCAGACAUGUUGGGAAGCGAUGAUGUCGACGAAUUUGUGCGUCGCAUCGAUCAGGUCCUCCAGAGCUACGAACCGGAUCUGUCAUCGUUUGGUCUCGGUCCGGUGCCCGGUUUCUGGCCAGGUCAUCGUCAUGGCGAUGCACACAAUCAUGGACCACCUCAUGCACAUGAGGAUGGUCACAAGGACCAGGGCCAUCAAGUUCCCGGAUCUCGCCCCAUUAAUGGCAAGCCCCCUAAAGACACCUGCAAGCCCAAACCCCCAAGCGGCGUUUCGCACAAGUGUGAAAAACGAGACUUUACCCCACAGACGCGCGAGUUCGACUGGACCAUCACCUACGGUCAUUCUGCUCCGGACGGCUUUCUCAAGAAACGUAUCCUGGUCAACGGGCAGUCACCCGGACCUCUGAUCGAAGCGAAUGAAGGCGACACCAUCGUUGUCAAGGUCAGAAAUUUGCUCGACCAAGGCACCUCGAUCCAUUGGCACGGCAUGUUCCAAAACAGUACGCCCUUCAUGGACGGUAUUGCCGGAUUUUCGCAGUGUCCAAUCCCUCCGCGUGGCCAUCUCACGUAUCGCUUCAAGAUUGAGGGUCAGUACGGCUCUUACUGGUGGCACAGCCAUUCCAAGAUGCAAUACACCGACGGUCUUUACGGCGGCUUGAUCGUCCACUCCAAGAGAGACCCUUAUCAGAAAUGUCGAGACUAUGACGACGAGCGUGUGUUUUUGUUCGCCGACAACUACCACGACUUUGCCGACUACAUUGUCCAGCAGCUACUUUCGGCGAAUGGCUACAAUGGAACGGCGGCAGCACCGUCGCCCCAGUCUGGUCUCAUCAAUGGAGCAGGUCAGUUUAACUGUGCUGCUUUGGCACAUGCUAAGGGGAAGCAGCCAGGUAUGCCAACCAGAUGCACCCAACUACCCACGCCGACGAUGGACGUCGAGCCCAACAAGAAAUACCGCUUCCGUUUCAUCAACACCGGUUCGCACGCUCAGCACAUCAUCUCGAUCGACAACCAUGAGUUGGAGGUGAUCGCCGCAGAUGGUACGCCGGUCAAACCGCAUAAAGUGCACCGUGUACCGAUUCACAAUGGUCAGAGGCACGAUGUAUUUGUUGACACAAACCAAGGUAGCGAUGGCGACAGCUUCUUGCUGCGUUCAGCGAUGAUGACGGCUUGCUUCUCGUUUGUCGAUCCACUGCUUGACCCUGUUGCCAACCUUACGUUGCAGUACAGGUUGCCUGGUAGUAAGAUCGCUCCGAAGCGGCCAGUGCCGCACGAUUGGAAGGAUGCGAUGGGCAGCCAGUGUCAAGACCUGAAGGAUUCCGAGCUUGUUCCAGCUAUCGACACGUCGGUUCCACCGAACCACAAUCUGGGCUCGCUCGGCAUCUUCAACUCGCAGUUCGGUAACCUGCAGUUGGCCAACGGUACUACGCUCGGUCGGUUCUUUGUCGACAAUGUUACGCAGACCAACUACGUCAACAAGCCGUACCUCGAAGUGACGCACGCGGGCGGGCAGAUCAACUCGUCCACUGUCGCCUCACUGCUCAUCCCGGACGAUGUAUGGGUUGCAGAUAUCGUCAUCAACAACGAGGACAGCUUCCUGGACCAUCCAUUUCACCUCCACGCUACUGACAUGCACAUCGUCGCGCGUGGAUCUGGAUCUAUGACGCAGGCGCAGUGGAUAGCUUUGAACCAGAACGCACAGCCUCAAAAUGGCAAUGCGAGCGCGUUGAAUUUGAAGAAUCCGCUGAGGAGAGAUACAAUCACGGUGCCGCGCUCAAGUUUUGUGGUGGUUCGGAUCAUCCCGGAUCUACCGGGUGUUUGGGCGAUGCACUGUCACAUUGCGAUGCAUGUGGCCGAGGGAUUGAUGGCGGCGAUUGCGAUUCAUCCGCACAAGAUCCGAGAGUUGAAGUUCAGUCAGGAGGUGUUGGAUCUGUGCUUGGUCUCGCGCGCCGCACUGAACGAGGUCGAGCCGGCGUAG